AUGUCUAGUCCGAACUCAGAAAAUGAUACAUCAUCGAUUUUUAUGGAUAAAGGUGAUAGCAAACUUACUAGAAAUCUAAAUCGAUCCGAAUCACCUACCAAAAACGUUGACGCAAAGUCGGAAUUAUCAGCAGAGGUCAUAACGGUGAAGGAGUUUUUUGACUUCAUGAAAACGGCUUAUCAAGUCUACGAGCACUUGGACGGCACAGAGGAUGACGGAUCCAAAAUAGAUUGGGAGGAGCUAACGAAAUUGACAGUCCUCAACCACGUGAUCGAACAGCAAGAGAGGGACCUUUUGCAAAAAACUACAUUCGCUGUGCAAAAAUCCAUGAAUAGCAAAAGUGAGACUACACUGGAAAGAAAGAAUAGUGUUACAGACCGAGUAGAGAAACGUUACAGUUGUAGUGAAAUUGAGGGAAAAAACCAGCGGAGUUUACCUCCCGAAACGAGGGUGGAAAUGCUGGGAGUGUGGACAGAAGCUAAUUUAACGUGUAAAUUGAACGAUGUUAUAAACGAAGGCAUUUUAGAUUCGAUUUUACCGUAUCUGGUGGGAUACAAAAAACCUGUGAAGACUACGAGCGUUUACGCCCCGAUCAUCAAAAAAACAGGACCGACCGCUUCUAGCGAGAUUAAGAAGCCGGCUAGUUUUGAUGGCUUUGUAAACGAGAAAGAUUCCCGCGAUCGCUUGGGUCGUAGGAAGUCUUCAGUGAUUGCAAACCAGGAGCGAUCGAAUCAAAAACAAGACGGAGACGUAGAGAUCCACGUUUGUGACGAGGUGAAGAACAUGAAAAAGGACUUCCGUUGUCCUCAGAAGCUAUUGGUCUCAAAGAUGGGCUACUUUGCCGACGUGACGGCGGGCCAACGUUUGGAGGACAUGGACAUUUCAGUGCAUUGCGAUAUACAGAUAUUCGAUUGGUUGAUGCGUUGGGUGAAACGAGAGAGCAUCUUGGUGGCAGACUGGCCUCUCCUCGACCCGCACAAUGUGGUUCCCAUCUUAGUCUCGGCUUCCUUUCUCCAGAUGGAGCCACUGCUCCACGACUGCCUGAUCUAUUGCCACGCACACAUGAACGAUAUCUUGAAGACGAGCACAAACCUAGCCUGUCUCAGCGACACGCUACUUUCAAGGUUAGCGGCGAUGUACACGAACGUGGAGCUGGAAGGCAUUCGCGACCGCAAAGACAAGAUCCAGUCUCGUCUCUUCUGCAAGAUGAUCCUGUCCCUGUCCGAGCCCGUGCCGGAGACGCUGAGGGGCCAUUGCGCCACUUUGGCCACGCUCUUCAAGUGCAGCAAGUGUAACAAGCUUCUCGGCAGACAAAUAGCUGAACGGGUGCCGUGUCAACCGGCCUCCAUGCGCAUAGACCGUCGCGGAAACGUGGUGUCCUCUCAUUCGAAAGAUCCAUCGUGGAGCCUCAACGACUACAUAACUUGGCUGUUCGGUGAACUUCGCUCUUGGCGCCGCGUCUACUGGCGCCUUUGGGCCGACUGCCAUUUCAUGAGGUGUCAGCUGUGCGACAGCUACUUUCCAGCGUAUCAGAUGGAGUGGUGUUCUCACCACGAGCAAAGUCCUCACAUGUUCGGCGUGGAAGGACGCGCGCCUUUGCCGGCCGGGCGCUAUCCUUGCUGUGGCGAGCGGGCCUAUCGCUUCGAGACUAUUACGCGAAAUACAGGUUGCCAAUUUCGGGAGCACCUCCCCGACGAGCGCUCGGCAUCGGACGCGGCCGUAAUGGAGGUGUACGGCCGUUUCCGAGACAUUAUCGCUAUGAGACCACCGCAGCUGAUGUUCCCCGAGAGGUUGACGCGCCUCGUGGCGAGAGAACCCGACGAAGAAGACGGCGGUCGUCUUCAAUGCAAGGAGGUGUUCUGGUGGGAGGGGAUCCAGCUCGUUCCACCUCGCCGGACCUUCGGCCUCUUGGGAAAGCUGUACACGAGCAAUAUUAAAUUCAACCAGAAUAUUCGUCCCGGGUCGCCCGUUUUGAGCUCGGUAGGGCGAGCGUCUGUUCCCUCUCUGGCGGCCAACUGCUCCACUGUGGCCGCGACCGCUUCGCCCGACAGGUCCGACAAGGUUAAGCGAAACCCGAGUCCGAAGGCUAAACAAGGCACCACCGGCACCGGCGACGCGCUAGAGAUGGCCGACGAAGCCACGGACUCUGACGGUAGCGAACAGAGCUCGGACAGCGCCAGAAGCGACGAGGACAUUCCGCCUCGCAGGCCGAGGACCCGAACGCGUCAGCUGCCGCCGUCGUCCAAUAGAAACAAGUCUCGGCGAUGGACAGCGUCGACCGGCGGUCGCGUUUGGGCCCCGACAGUUUCCGCUAGAAGCAACCAAGACGGGCAGCGGCGCUUCGAGGAGCGAGCCGCGGCCCAUAUGAGAGCCACGCUCGCCAGGCGACUCCAGUAUCCGACUAGACCCAAGACGCAUCCAGGUGGCGUGUACGCGAAGUUAGAAGCGGAUUGGCGCGAAAAGCAUGGACAACAGAAACCACGCAACGUGCCUUCUGCUAGAAACCGCUCACAACCGCCUAAAUAUAAAUAA